CAACCCCCUCUUCUCCUGCACUUCCCCUCCCUCUCUCCUUCUUCCUCUCUAUAUUUCCUCAGUGAAAGGAAACUCAAAAACUUAAUAGCUAGCAGUUGCUAAGAGUAUAACAAAGAUGUUGCUGGGCAAGAGACCACGUAAUCCAAUGAAGAGAACAACAAGCUUCUCAGAGAUCACCUUUGAUCUAAACACUGCUACUAGUGAAGCAGCCCCACCACCGUCUGAUCAUCAUCAAAAACAGGCGGGAUAUGGUGGCCUGAUAGAUCAACGGUUCUUGUCUGACGCUGGAUCACCAAGAACUACCUAUAGAAGGGCUUCUGCUGAUUUCUUGGAGACUGCUCACUUCUUGAGGGCUUGCUCUCUUUGCAAGCGCCGGUUGAUCCCUGGCCGUGACAUCUACAUGUACAGGGGUGACAGUGCUUUUUGCAGCCUAGAAUGCAGGCAACAACAAAUGAGCUUAGAUGAGAGGAAAGAGAAGUGCUCAUUAGCAUCCAAGAAAGAAUCUGUAUCCACCACCACCGCAACAGAAGUCUCCGCUAAAGGAGAGAGCACCGUUGCCGCCUUGUAGAAAUUAUUAAUUACCAAGAAAAAUGAAAAAAAAAAAACUUCGCCUAUAUAUAAUAUAAUCCAAGUCUAGAAGUAUAUGAACGUGGGUUUGAAUGCAGGCGUAUAUUUUUGUAUGUAAAGGGACAAGUUUUGAAGCUGCUUUACGUGGAUCCGCGGCGCAUACUAUGAGGCCUGCCUAGCUAGAAUUUACGAGUCUGCAUUUCUUUUUCCUAGUUUUUUUUUUGUUUUUUGCUUUUUCUAACACUUUUUAUUUUAUCCUGUUUUGUCUUGCUCGUAAUGGAAGAAAAUUGCAGAUUCACAA